AUGUCAAUGAGUUGUCUGACUCUUCUUGUUUUUAGUUUAACUAUAUCAUUUUCACUUAGUGCUAGUUGUAAUCAAGGAUUACACGUCAUUAACCUUCCUUUUACUGCUUAUGAUAAAAUUGAUGCUGACGUAACUGACUUCUUAAUUGAAGAUAAUAACGGUGUCCAACAAUUAGUUAAGCCAGUGUGGUAUAUUCUUAAUUCAACUAAAGAUACUAUAUUUACUGUUUCUACAUGUUCUGCAUAUACAUUAGUCGAUACUAAAAUUGCUGCAUAUCAUACUUGUGGUGAAACUGCUGCAACAAACUUCAUUGAAAUGAAUGACGACUUUCCUGAAUGUUCUACUAAUUCUAAAUUACAGGUCUUUGUUAGUGCAGGAAAACCAGUUUAUGUUGCUGUUUAUUCUGCUCCUGGUGCUUAUGGUCGUUUCCGUUUCACUGCACAAGAAACUAAUCCAACAAAUACUAAUUGUCAAAAAGCAUUAGAAAUUAAAUCAUUCCCUGCUGUAGUUGAAGGAAAUACAUUAGCAGGUGAUUCAACUAAACUUGACUGUACUAUUUACAGUUCAGUGCGUGGGUUAUGGUAUACUUUUGUUGGAGAUGGAAGAGCUAUUGUAGCUGAUACCUGUGGUUCUAAUCUUCCAUUUGAUGUAUUUCUUGCAGUUGUUAAAGCACCUAUUGAAGGAAAUUGUGAUAAUAUGCCAUGUUAUACUUCAGCUGAUGGAGGAUGUCCUGGUAAUGUUGGAGAUGUUCCAGCUCGAGUCUAUUUCCCAACAAUUAAAGAUCAACGUUAUUAUAUUUUUGUUACUUCUUAUUAUCAAGAAGCAGGUACUUUCCAAUUAACUAUUAAAUCUCUUGCUCAAGCAAUUCCAACUGUUUGUGAACAAGCAAUUUCUAUUAUUUCUUUACCAUUUAGUAGAUCAGCACCAUUAAAUGACUCAUGGACUAAAACUAAUAAUAUUUGUAGUGAUACAACUCUUUCAUUCCCAGCUGCAUACUUUACAUUUAAAGGUACAGGAACAGGUGUAUCAAUUCAAACAUGUCCUUCUAAAUCAGGUGAAACUAAAAUUGAAAUUUUUGAUUCUUGUAGUCAAAGUACUUGUAUUAAAGAGUCUGAUGUUGUUUGUGGAAAUCAUGGUUAUCUUGAUUUUAUGCCAGAAAAUGGUAGAGAAUAUUAUAUUCGUGUAGCUUGUAUUAAUGGUCCAUGUGAUUUAACUUUCUUUAUGGAAUAUACCAGUACUAGUAAACAUGACCGAUGUGAAAGUGCAUUAUUAGUUACUUCUUCAUUAACUGAAACUGCUUUUUUAAGCGAAUUAUCUGAAUCACCUCAUGGAUGUUCAGGAACACCAGAAAAUGGUAAAGGAAAAUGGUAUAAAUUUAUUGGAACUGAUGCUCUUCCUAAUAAGAAAGGAUACCAUUUAUUCUCAUAUGAUGAAGAAGGUAAUUCACCAAAUGCAAUUGAAGUUCACAGUGGAUGUGGUAAUUAUUAUUGUUCUUAUAAUAGAAGAGAGGAAGUAUUGAUUGAUAUUAAACAAACUGCUUUUGUUUUUGCAUUUGGAGGAACAAGUCAGGCUCUUGCUGUUCAUAUUGUUAUUGAAGAAACUAUUGAACACGAAAAUUGUCAAAAUGCUCGUUCUAUUAUGGUUCCAUAUACUAUUCUUGAUUGGAAUUUGAACGCUGAACCAUCUGAUGGUUUUUGUUCUAGAACACAAAAAACUGAAGCUGUAUGGUAUACUUUUAGUGUAGAAAAAGCAACUCAAGUUUCUAUUUCAACAUGUUCUCAAGCAGUUCAAUAUGAUUCAUAUCUUGCUGUUGGUUCAGGAUCAUGUGGGCAAUUAGUUUGUAUUGCUGAUGUUAAUGAUACAAGAGGGUGUAAUGGAGGAGGUUAUGUUACUAUUAAAGCACAACCAGGAAAUAAUUAUUAUGUAUUUGUUGGAGCUGAAAGUCAAGGAACAAGUGGACAAUUUGUUUUAUCAUUAUGUACAAAUGAUAGACCAAUUUAUUCACAAUGUAGUGAAGCUAUGGUUCUUCCUGUAUCAAAGAAAUUCUAUAGAAUGACUACUUAUACUCAAUAUAGUUAUGCUACUUACAUGACAUUCCCAGAUGGAACUCAUAAGAAUGUUCGUGGUUCAUAUUAUUUAAUUCCUGAAGGUUAUAAAGGUAGUGUUUAUUUCAUGACUUGUGCAACAGGUACUGAAAUUCCAACAUUUAUUUCAGCACAUGAUUCAUGUCGUGGUAACGAUAAGACAAAUUACAGUUUCCCAUCCCCUCCAAGUGUAUCAGAAUAUUCUGAUUUUAAAUCAGGUAGUUGUGGAAAAUUUGGUACUAUUUUGAAAGUUGAAGUAAAUGGUGUUGAUCCAAAACUUGUAUUAGUUUCUGGUUUUAAUGAAAAUGAAAUUGGAUUUAUUGAUGUUGAAAUAUUGAUGAAACUUGAAAAAGUACCAUCAUCAGACUCUUCUUCAUCUUCAUCACCAAGUGCUUCAAGUUCUCAGCCAUCAACAAGUUCUUCUGCACCAAAUCCAAGUGCUGAAUCAUCAAAUAAUACUGAAGAUAAUAAUGGAACUAAAAUUGGAUGGAUUAUUUUUGGUGUUGUUCUCUUCUUGAUCUUUAUUACUAUCUUUGCCUUUAUUAUUGGAUUCAUAAUAUAUCGUAAAAAGAGAAGUAACAAUGGUUAUCAUGACCUUUCUUGA